AUGGAGAACUCCUUAGUUAUUGUUGUUGUUUAUGUUGAUGAUAUUUUAAUCACUGGAGAUGAUGAUGAUGAAAUCUCAAGCUUAAAGGGUUUUCUUGAUGAUCAAUUUCGUAUCAAAGAUUUGGGACAAAUUAGUUUCUUUCUUGGAUUGGAAUUUAACUAUGUCAACAAUGGCAUGAUCAUCCAUCAAUCGAAGUACAUUAAAGACUUGCUUGACGAAUAUUAUAUGACUGAAUAUACUUGUGUUACUACUCCACUUCCACACAAACUUCGAUUAGUCCCAGUGAUGGAAAAUUCCCUUGAAGAUCCCAUUGUUUAUCGACAACGCAUUGGUAAGUUGAAUUUUCUGGUCCAUACUAGACCUGAUUUAUCAUUUUCUGUUCAAUACUUGAGUCAAUUCAACCAAACGCCAUCUCAAGCUCAUUAUGAUGUUGCUUUGCAUGUUCUUCAAUAUCUCAAAGGCACUUUCAAUCAAGGACUAUACUUCAAUAAAGACUUUUCUUACAAUAUUGAAGCAUAUUGUGACUCGGAUUGGGUUGCAUGCCCAAUCACAAGACGAUCGGUUAGUGGAUAUUUUAUUCUAUUUGGUAAUAGUCCCAUCGUAUGGAAAUCAAAGAAGCAAAUUACAGUUUCAUUAUCAUCUGCUGAAGCGGAAUAUCUGCCUAAUAUCACACAUAUUCCUUUAAAGUGUGACAACCAAGCAGCUAUAUACAUUGCAUCUAAUCCUGUAUUUCACGAACGGACAAAGCAUAUUGACAUAGAUUGUCAUUUUGUUCGUGAAAAACUACAAAGUGGACUUAUAUCUUUGUCUCAUGUUUCAACCAAUCAUCAACUUGCUGAUGUUCUUACAAAAUCACUCAUUGGCACAAAACAUCAAGAAGCUACAAUCAAGUUGGGGUUACAACCUUACCCUCCAGCUUGA